GUCUGCACUGCCCUAUGGGAGAUCGCAGCAGGAGGCCGUGAAAAGCACACUGCAGAUUAAUGCUUGCCUACUGCUGACAGAUCCUCCAUGGCCUGCUGAGCAGCUGCUUGUAGCUUCCUUAAAGCCUGAAGCUUAAUGUUUCACCUCUAAGCCGGAUUUAAACAAUGCAAAGAGACCUCACCCCCAUAACUGGAAUAUAACUCAUAUCAUCUCACUAAUGAUGCUUACAUUAGCUACGUGCCAGAGUAAAGUCUCUGCACUGACAAAUGUAUGUAUUUUGAGGCAGUUUCUCAGAACUGGAGCACGAUUAUGGAGUGCUUGUUGAUUUAAGUUAGAUGAAAGGUUUUUAGGGCAUGUCAUGAGCUCAUUCUGUGGCCAGGUAACUAUGUUGUAUAAUAUGUAAAAAAAAACACACCUGUUUUAUUUUGAGUCAAGGUUUGUUUUGUUUGCUUUGGUUUUGAUAUUAAUGACCCCUUUGCAAAUCAUUUAACAAAAAAAGGUUGUUCUCAACUCUGUAGGGUCCCGGGACACAACCACCCAAUCAGCAGCUGAGUGCUUUGUUGUCUUGGAUUUUGGUCUGUUAAGGUGGUCAUGGUAAUGUCCUGAUUUCAGUAGUUUGGAUUGUCCUCAGUAUGAGGCGGCAGCCAGUCUUUCCACUGAGUGGUCUUGUUGAUAUUCUGCAUGCCCGUGGGUUCUAACAUCUUGUUCUCUUUGAGGGUAAAUAAGAAUCAAGAUGGGCUUUUCUGGCAAAGGCUUUCCUAUGGAUGUGAAUGGAGACUGGCCCUCCAAAAAAAUCAGGAAACACAGAAGUCGUGAUGUUUCACCUGUACCAUCGCAUUUCUCAGAACCAGCCUCAUUCCUGCGACACAGGGAUGUAAUUGCCAGCCUUCCGUGUCUCCCUGGUGUAAUGCGGCCACUCAGGGAUGAAGAUGAUGAUGAUGAUGUACGGAGUCAUAAGAGCUUGCCAGCAGUAAUGACUGGAAAAACCCUCCAACCUAGAGACAAGAGGUCAUACAGACAUUCUGAGAAUCACAAGAUAUCUGGUUUACCCCCUCUCAUAAGCACCAGGUGCAGUUUGAUUGUGAAAGGCACUGGAUGCAAAACUGUCCCCAAACUCCCACCAAUCACCAAAUCCUGGAAUACUUGGAAGGAAACAGACCCCCCAAGACCACCUUGUAGGGCUGGAUGCAGGCCCGACAAAAUGGAAUUCAGUUCAGCUAAACCUGUUCAUGCAUUGAUGCAUCCAAAAAUUGUACCUGUCGGGCAGACGUCUCUCUCUUUCAAGGCGCAAGGAAAUGGGCCCUGCUUGCUUCCUGCCAAAGCCUCUGGAGUGUCCCUGAGAUCUCGACUCACUUUCCAAAGUCCUGUAGUGCAGGCAGUGUACCCUAUCAGUCCUGACACCAUGCAACAGAUGAAGCAGACUGACAGAGCGUGCCAGCCCCUGAGGUCUGUGCUGAAAAAAGCACCAAACAGUGGAGUAUUUGACUGGCCACUGGCGGCCCACCUGCUGGAGCCAUUUUCUGGGUUCCAGGAGCAUCUGUGCCGCCAGAUCCUAUAUUCUCCACUGCCUUAUCUUGCAGCUUUGCCACAGGUCCAAUUUCCUUGUCUCCAGGACCAGGUUGAUCUGUUGCCUACACACAGGGGCCCAUAUGGUUCCCUGAUGGAACGCACCGUGGAGCUGUGCAACUCCCAAGGACAGAAGUUUCCCAAAAUCACCAUGACUUGCCCAACGCCUUCUCCAAAAUACCUGUGUCGCACGGAAUUUUGGCAUGCGGCUUAAAGGAACAACCAAGAUGGAUGCAGAGUAAUCUGUCAUGCUUAAUGGGACUUUAGUGCUGCUCAGUGCAGUUCAAAGUUAAUAUUGCUCUGUGCACAAAGGAUUGCAAAAAUAUCACCAAAGUUCACCAAGAUCACCAAUUCAUUUUGUUCAGAGACAAUAAAGCCAAAACAGACAUCUGAGCAAUCUCUUGGCACUUUUCCUGAUUGCUUAGAGUUUAUUAGACUCACGGUCAUAAUGUACUCCUGUGCAUAACUCAAGUUAUUGCUGUAUAACCAGUCUCUUUCAUCUGGUUGCCAUGGAAGUCCUAAGGAUCAUUAAACUGUAGGAACUGGACCUUGGGGGCUGACCUGUUCCACAGGUACAGGAAGUGCCUCUGAGGAGCUUUUUAAAGUCAUCCUGUGCAAUUUCCUGGGUGUGAAGAUCCUGGGGUAGGAAUCAUAUGUCUGUCUUACUGAGGAGAAAUGUAAUAUUUUUUUCUGCCCUCCACUUAUUUUCCAGGGCCUUUCUUUUUUAAAUCAAUACUAUUUUCUCAGUUGAGGAGAAUCUACAGUGUGAUGGGGGCCAAGGGCAAUUUUUAAAGUUCCAUCAUAUAGUCUUCUAUAGUAUCUGCCAUCUUUUGGUACAAGAAUGUGUAUUUGUGUGUAUAUGUACAUGUGUAUUUGCUAGAAGUACCAUUAAUAGACCUAUGAUAGAGUAAUAUUGACUUAUUUGAAGAAGUCACCCUCAUUACAUCACCUACUGUAGCAGUGGUUGGGGAUUAUUGCAACAUUUGAAAAUGAACAACCUCGAGUACUGGUUCCAAAUUUUAAAGUUAAUAUUUCAGGAGCAGAAUGUGUUUAAAGCAAUAUAAUGCAUUACAUUAAAAGUUACAUUAUAAAAAAAUAUAUUUUAAAUUGAUUAGUUGUCAGGAGAUUCACGUUCAUAGCACAUUUGAUCUGAAGUUCUACCAUUGCUCCCAACAUCGUUGCCAUGAGGAAAACUUGUAUAAAAAGAAAGCAAUCAGUUUGUUUUGAAAAUUUCUUAAUAGUGAA